AUGCGGCGUCGUACCGCUCCAGCAGAAACCGUCGUCGGUGUCGCGGCGGCCGUGCUCUUGGCGCUGAUCGGCGCCGCGGACGCGGGCAGCUGCUUGGAAGCCAAGCUGUGCUGUCCCGGCCGCGACUCGGCGUGCGUCGUCCAGAAGACGCCCAUCAACGCAAUCGUCGAGGACCCCACGGACAAGCCGUGCUACUGCGACCACGCGUGCCUCAAGCUGGGCGACUGUUGCACCGAUUUCAAACCCGCUUGCGGAGUGAUUGAUUGUGUGAUGUCAGAGUGGGAAUCAUGGAGUGAAUGCGACACGGAAUGCGGAAGUGGCAUGAUGACAAGAAAAAGACAAGUGAUGAAAACACCAGUAAAUGGUGGAAAACAUUGUCCUUCGAUGGUGCAGAAAAGGGCAUGCAUGGGAACCAGAUGCCCCAAUUAUCCAGGGAGCGCACUAAAAGAAACCGCCAUGUUGCUGCCUGCGUCUUUGGCAUCCAACCGUUUGAGUAAUGAGUCCCAAGAUAUACGUCACAAUUUAAAGUACCGCUUGUCAAAAGAACCAGUCGAUUUAGAUUCAAAGGAGUAA